UUAAAUUGGGCUCUAUCAAUUUAUUCAGCCAUUAACGCCGACUUUCUUGUGUGAAGGCAGUUCGAAUUUAGAGAAAACAAAACACGUCACAAGCAUUGGAAAGAAAGUCAACCUGACAUUUUCCUUUGUGGACAGCGUUACGACUUUUGGUGCCAACUUCAUUUUAACCAUAUGUUCAACAAGCGCUGAAUGAAUUCGAUGGCAUUACAGUGUAGGCUUAAUUAUAUUUGGCUCCACCUGUAUGCAGCACUGGAUAUCAUCCCUCAGGUUCCGAGGUGAGUCUCCUCAGCACCUCCUCGGUGCUCUUUGUGUGCGUCCUUUAACCCGCGCGCAGCUCUCCAGCCGGAGGCAGUCACAGCGCGUAUCCCACCACGAGCGCAUCAUCGGAGCUUUGUGCAGGGCUGUUUCAUUCACUUGUCCAACCCCUUUCCGUAUUUUUCUCCUCGUAAUCUCGGGAUUAUCCAAAGAAAAAAAAAAAUCCCAUUGCAGAGAGAUUUCUCACUUCGGUGAGACAAAUGUGAGGAAUAUGUGGAGAUGAAUGAGAAAUACUUUCAUCUCAGAAGGGGCGCAUUUUGUAGAUAGUGAAAUUGAAUCCAGUUGCAGGUGAGAUGCCAUAAUCCCCAUGAGACAGCUAAGUAUCAUGGACUCCUGGAUCUUCCCAUCGUCCCCUCCCAACCUGUCGGAGCACCUCAUGUACGACAGCAUCAUGCAGGGCAACGAGUCCGACCUCCAUGGAAACUACACGGACCACAGCUUCAAUACAACCAGCACGGUGGUCAUCACUUGCUUGUACUUCUUGGUUUGCACCGUGGGACUCUGCGGGAACACUCUCGUCAUCUACGUGAUCCUGCGCUACGCCAAGAUGAAGACGGUUACCAACAUCUACAUCCUCAACCUGGCGGUGGCCGACGUGCUUUUCAUGCUGGGCCUGCCGUUCAUCGCCAUCCAGCUGGCGCUGGUCCACUGGCCGUUCGGCCCCGUGCUCUGCAGGGUGGUGAUGACCGUCGACUCCCUGAACCAGUUCACGUCCAUCUUCUGCCUGAUGGUCAUGAGCAUCGACCGCUACCUGGCUGUGGUGCACCCCAUCAAGUCCACAAAGUGGCGCAAGCCGCGCAUGGCCAAGACCAUCAACUUGGCAGUGUGGGGGUCGUCGCUGAUGGUCAACCUGCCCAUCGUUAUCUACAGCGGAGUCAUCACAAAGCACGACGGCUGCUUCUGCACUAUCGUGUGGCCGGAGCCUCAAGAGGCCUACUACACAGCGUUCAUGUUCUACACCUUCAUCCUGGGCUUCUUCCUGCCCCUCAUGGUCAUCUGCCUUUGCUACUUGUUCAUCAUCUUUAAGGUGAAGUCCUCGGGCAUCCGUGUGGGCUCCUCCAAGAGGAAGCGCUCAGAGAGGAAGGUGACUCGGAUGGUGUCCAUCGUGGUGGCUGUGUUCGUCUUCUGCUGGCUGCCUUUCUACGUCUUCAACGUCACCUCGGUGACGGGAACCAUCAGCACCACUCCCAUCCUGAGGAGCACCUUCGCUUUCGUGGUGGUUCUGGGGUACGCCAACAGCUGCGCCAACCCCAUCCUCUACGCCUUCCUGUCGGAGAACUUCAAGAAGAGUUUCCAGAAUGUCCUGUGUAUUAAGAAGGUGGGUGGGCUGGACGAGACUGAUCGCAGCGAUAGCCGCCAGGAUAAGUCUCGUAUGAUAAAUGACCCCACGGAGACCCAAAGUACUCUGCUGAACGGGGACCUGCAGACCAGCAUUUGAGAGAAACGGGAUGGGACUUUCAUACAUGCACUCAUACAUAUCUGAAACAAAUAACUGUCAGCACUUAUCAGCAUCACCUAGGUCACAUCAGAGAGGAAGGGGGCAUUAUAAAACAAUAGGUUCACAGAGGAAGGAGGUCAAAACGACAACAGAUUGUCAAACUGCGCUGUUCCUCUAUCUGCCUUUGACACAUUGUUGGGUUUCUCUGGCUGUAACGAAAUCUACUCUAAUGUAAACAGAAGUUAAUGCGACUGUUUGCUCUAUGCUGUAUUUGAUCUCCCUGUAUUGACUCUGAGGUAAGGUAGAAGAUACACUAACGCCCACUUUGAAAUGGUCCCCGGGGUGACGUUCAUUUUCCCUGGAUACCCAGGAUUACAUACAUAGUUUCAGAGCAGAGGGCUUGUGCCAAGUUUCCACAGUCCUGCAUUGUGUAAAAAAAUAACGCUAUAACAGUGUGCUCAUAGGCUGGAAAACAACACGCUGUUGGUAAAACUGGCAACCUUAUCAUUCCUCUAUUUUUGUUCCUGUCUCGUCUGCAAGUUAUUUUUCUCUUCUUGACUGUAAAUAACUGUGCAGAAAAUGGGCAAAGAGACUGUGUGAAAAGUGUCACUUAGUUUUGAUCCCUAUAAAUGUGACUUGUGAAUAAGUAAUGUUUGUUUCUUUUUCAGACGCAGAACAUAAUGAAUGUCAGCGCCAUUGAUUCUCGUGUUUUGUAGUACAACAUUCUGAUUUAUGUGCGGCUAAUUUUACUUGCGAAGAAAUGUAGAAAAUGUAAAUGUGACAAAUAGUUCGUCCUGUGUCACUCACUGCUACUACGAUAUAGCUACAUGCAUCAUUUAUUUUACAUUAACGGUGGUGGCUCGAUAUACCGAGCCAGCCUCCAACCAAAGUGCUGCUGAGAUGUAUAAAACUACUACAAUGUUGAAUUGUAUUAUAUAAAUCAAUGCCAUUGUAUGCCUGUUUCUACCAGACUGUUCUUUUUCAUGGCUUAUUUACCAUUAUUUAUGUAUGUCAUGUAGUAAUGUUGCUGUCAUUGCUUGCAGUUGUCUGCUAUUGUUAAAAAAUUCCAAAUGGCACGACUCUAAAUAAUUCAACAUGAAUGCUGAGUAGGGGGCCCAGCUUCCUGUUUUUAUGUCAUCUGAGAGCACAAAACCUGGUCAGACUAUAUUUUGCGAAGGAUUAUUUUGCUCCCAAGAAGCAGAUGGGUCACUAUACUGGAUGUAGUGAAGUAAUGAACCGGGAUAUAAACGGGAUUUAAAUAUAUUACAUUUCAAACACGUGUUGAAUUUAUUGUUUCACUGUGCUCUAUUACAGAAAACACUGUUUUGUACACCCCCUCUGCUCCUCUAUUAGCUUCUCACAUGCUGCCUCGCAUUGCAGGCUACUUGUAAACACUUUGUGUGACGACACUGAACCAUCCUCUGUUUCUCUCUCCGGGUGUCUCAGUGACAUGAAUUUGUGGAGGGCUAGAACACUUAUCCUCAAGAGACCCUGGUGUUCCCCAAUCGUCAACACUGUGCCGCUUCAGGAGUCCAACGUUCCUCCUGCCAUCCUGUGACUAUACAGACAUAUGUACGAACCACUCUAAGCAUGUUGUUUCCUUCAUUUGUCAGUCUCGCAUGAUACACAGAAGUGUGCGCGCGCACUCUCUCUCUGAUGGAAUUUGUAUCCUGGUCUGUAACAUCUCAUUGCAUGACACACCUCUAGUGUCUUAUAUUUCCAUAGCAACAGCGACGAAGAGCGUUAGUCCCAUGGUUACACUAAUUUGCAUAAUGAAUUUACUCUGGACAUGAAUAAUGAAUGUUGACAUUGUUUAGAUAAGUGAAGAAAGAAAAAAAAAAAAAAAAAAAAGAAAAACCAAACGUAAACAUACCUGAUGCGUAUUGUUUGUGUCCAGCACAUGUGAAAAAAACCCAUACACCUUACAUACAAUAUCUUCCAGCUGUUGCAGUUGUAAUAAUUAGGAUUCUGGCAAAGACUUCAUACAACAAUGUUCAGUUUAUUUUUUAUUUACAUGCCUGCAUUUCUUAAGACUACGGUGCAGGUUUUCUACUUGGCAUUUGUUCCACGAACGUCUCACGAGCUUUGGAAAACAUUACAAAUUGUUUAAAGUUUACCGGUUUCCAUAGAAAGUUUGCAUAAUGUAUGUUCUUCCAGUUUGUCCUGUUCUAUUAUACUGAAACAUCAAUUAAAUGGAAUAAACAUGGAUUGUGUACAGCUGUGCUGAAACUAAAUAAAGUAAGUAACGUCGA